AUGGCGGCGGCGCAGUUGCGCUGCACGGCGGCCGUGGAGGAGCCGCUGCCGGGGGGCUGCGCCCCGCGCCGCCGCGUCCUGCGGGCCGCCACCGUGCUGCUGGGCCGCAACGAGCUGCGCCAGCCCGUGCUGCGGGUGGAGGGCGGCAGCGGCGCGGCGGCCGCGGUGCUGAGCUUCGCGCUGAGCGGAGACGGCGUGCGGCUCUUCACGCGGUUCGCGGGCGAGGGGCGGGCGGCGGUGCGGGUGGGGCCGGGCGGCGCGCAGGUCCUGCUCUCCGACUGCCCCCCGGACGCGCUGCGCCGCUUCCUCCGCCUCCUGCGCCUCAAGGUGGCCGCCGGGUCGCGGGGCCCGACGCGGCCCCCGCGCCUGCUGGAAAGGCCGCCGGCGUCCUUCGCCGUGAUCAGCCCGGUGCAGGAGCGGGACCUGCUGCGCAACCCCGGCCCCCGCCGCGGCUGCGGGGACGGGCGGGGGGAGUGCCCCGCCGAGGUGCCCCGCGCCGAGAGGCGGCCCCCGGCGCGGCUCUCGGCGGAGCAGGAGGCGGUGCUGGGAGCCGUGCGGAGCGGGAGGAGCAUCUUCUUCACCGGCUGCGCAGGGACUGGGAAGUCGUUCCUGCUGAAGAGGAUCGUGGGCUCCCUCCCUCCGAACGUCACCUAUGCCACAGCCAGCACGGGAGUGGCCGCUUGCCACAUCGGUGGCACUACUCUCCAUGCCUUUGCAGGGAUCGGCUCUGGGAAGGCACCGCUGGAACAGUGCAUUCAGCUGGCAGAGAGGCCGGGGGUGCGGCAGCACUGGCUGGCCUGCCAGCACCUGAUUAUCGAUGAGAUAUCCAUGGUGGAUGGAAAGUUCUUUGACAGGCUGGAGGCAGUGGCAAGGGCAGUCAGAAAACGGGAUGAGCCUUUUGGGGGAAUUCAGCUAAUCAUCUGUGGGGACUUCUUGCAGCUACCUCCAGUCUGCAAGGCUAAUGAAGAAACCAAGUUCUGCUUCCAGGCAAAAAGCUGGAGGAAAUGUAUCCACAUAAACAUGGAGCUGACUGAAGUGCGACGACAGACUGACAAGACCUUUGUCUCCCUCCUGAGUGCAAUCCGUUUAGGCAGGUGCACAGAGGAGGUUACCAGGCAGCUGAUGCAGACGGCCACCAACAGGUCUGAGCGUGAUGGGAUCCUGGCUACACGGCUCUGCACCCACAAAGAUGAUGUCGAAAUAACUAAUGAGAGACGCUUGCAGCAGCUACCAGGAGAAGUGCACACAUUUGAGGCUUUGGACAGUGACCCAAUGCUAGUGAAGUUAAUUGAUGCUCAGUGUCCUGUGGGUGGUAGAGUUGAGCUGAAGGUUGGAGCUCAGGUGAUGCUAGCAAAGAAUCUGGAUGUGUCUCAAGGGCUGGUGAACGGGGCACGAGGCGUUGUUGUAGGAUUUGAAAGUGAACAGAAGGGGCUGCCUAAGGUGAGGUUUCUCUGUGGGGUCACACAGGUCAUAAGAAUGGAGAAAUGGGUCUUCAAAGGACCAUCAGGAGUUCACCUGAGUCGCCAACAGCUGCCUUUAAAAUUAGCAUGGGCCAUUUCCAUUCACAAGAGUCAGGGCAUGUCUUUAGAUUGUGUGGAAAUCUCUCUGGCUCGUGUCUUUGAAAGUGGGCAGGCUUAUGUAGCCCUGUCCCGAGCCCGUAGCCUUGAAGGUCUCCGUGUUCUGGAUUUUGACCCAAAAGUAGUGAGAGCUGAUCCUUCUGUGCUGCAGUUCUACAGACAGCUGAGACGUCAUCAGCUGCUGACCCAGGAUUCACCACACACCUAUUCAGAUGCUGAUGAGAAGGAGAACGUGAAACACAGCUGAUAAUGCUCUCCUGGUUUCUGUGAAGUGUCAGCGCAGACUGCUGAGAUGCAGCGAUCUUGCUUAUUGAGUGUAUUUGAUAACACAGGUAAAUCAAAGGAAUUUUUUCUUCAAGUACACCACUGUUGUGAGAUGGAAGGUGCCUGGAUGGAUUGGACCUGUUCACAGGAGCUGCUGACAUAAGGGAAAGCAGUGAUAAGUAUUUGGAAUACAUAGUUGAUUCUUCUGCAAGCAAGGAGCUGGGCUGUCCCUUUACAGCAUGCUGGGGUGUUCCAGAUGCUGGACACCAGGAGGCUUUGCAAAAUUUCCUCCACAAGCAGAACUGCCAGCUACACAUUGCCUGUUAUGCUGAUACGUAGCAUUUUUAUUAGUCUGUUGCAUAAAAUGUGACUUUUAUGUUUUUAACCUUCUGAGAUGAACUGGAGCUGUUUAAAAAUAGGAGGAAUUCCUACAUCUUAUACCUGUAAUUAUGUAACUACCAAGAAUUGUGAACUUCUGUUACUCCAUAAGCAAGAAGGGGGUGAGAGAAGAUGAGUGCUGGUGAGAAUUCCUCUUGUUUAAACACAUGAAAGUUGCUCCUGGAUAAAACCUGUCUGACUAAUAAGGUGGAAGUUGUUGUGUGCAAUAGGGAAUAAUGGCUAUGGACAUGUGAAGGGAGCUGUAAUGUCACCUGUUUCAGCAAAAGCAGAGAGGAGCAGACCUAAUAUACUGUCUUAAUUAAGGAGAAGCUUUGGUCUUUGUAUUUUAUCACUUUGCUUAAAGCUUAAGUAACUUGAAUAUUUUAAAACGUUUAACAUAAAACAUGACAUAGUCUCUCGCAGGGGAAUGUCUCUAACAAAACCUCUGCUGUGUGAGUGAGUGAGUUGAAGGCCACUCCUUAAAGCCAGGAAAGGAUGCUGACUAGCCAGUGGUUAAUAUAACAGAGAACAGAUUUUGAUGGGAUUUCAAAAUGUAUAUUUUAAGUGAGGUUUGGGUUUUUUUAAUGGGCUUGAAAGGUAGGGUUUUGGAGGGAGUCAUAGCAGGAGACAGAAGUCUGACUAUGAUUCAGAGGGGUUCUUAAUGUAUCAGCACAUUGUUUCUCCAAAGAAGUCUGAUGGGGAUGGAUGAAAGUAUCUGAAGCCUGUGGAAGGCAAGCCCUUUCCCCCUCGCACUGCAGGCUCUAAACUUUUUAAAUUAUUUUUUUUAAAACAGCACAUUCCAAUCCUUUGAGCUGGACAUAAACUGUUCGUCCACCUUGGGGAGGAACUGAAGAUUAACUUUUCCCUGCCCACACACCUGGCAAGGAGGGUGCUGGCACACCAAAGCACCACUUCUGGUGCAGAUGAGCACUGAGGUGUGAUUCUUUGGUCUGCAGCUUCCACUAGAGCUGGGUGAGGGCCUGACUCUGUUGCAGCCCUGUCCCCACCCAGCUGAUAGUGCCAGUACCCAGGUGGGGUGCCCAUGAACACGGUGUGCUCAGGUUCAGCCUCUUCCUCCUGUGGUAGGACACAGGGAGGUUUUUAGAGAUGGCAGGCUGCAGUGUGAGGGCUUUGUGUUGCAUUGGAGGUUGAGGUGUGGGAUCUGAAAUGCCCAGAAUGUUAGUGAGUUUUAUUCUUGGGGUAGACAGCUAGGAAGGAUAUGCCAGGCAUGUCCACUCAUACACAAUAUACUGAUUUAUUGACAGACUGCAUAAGAGGGAUGAGAUAAUGCAGGCUCGAAUCCUUUAACAUCUCUUAAAAAGAUCCUGUAUCACUGUAAUGAAGAGAUAAUUUAGAGUGUAAGAGUGGUGAUUAUGCAAAUAAACCUCUAAUUGUGAUCCUGAGGAGCAACUGACUUGACUGUAGCUUUCCUGGAUUUAGGGACUGAAAUCUUUACAGUUGUAUGGGUUUGUUUUUUUUUUGGUGCCAAGUUGAGGUUUGAGAUAAAAUGCUAAACAGAACUUAAAGCUGGAAAGGCUAAUCAAUAUUUCAUGUUGGUAUUAAAUAUACAUGAAUAUUGUGGUUGCCUUCUCAAUGAUGGAACUGUGGGAACAGAAUAGCAGUGACUUUUGAAGGGCUGGCAGCUGUUCUGAGGCCAAAAGGGGUCCGUCUGUGUAAAUUUUGGAUGUUCUCACUUGCAGCUAAAGCAGAUGUAGGGAUGGGGACGCUGGGUCUGAAGGCUGCUAUUUAAAUCAGAAAAGAAGCAGUCAGGACAAAUCUGAGCUGCCAGGCUCUGUCAUGGCUCCCCUUCAGUUAGGGUUGUGAUGAGGCCUUUUUUAACAGGAUAAUACUUCCAU